AUGAUGGAACAGCCAAACACUUCUACCGAGCCACCUCUGUGGCCUCACGAUACGCCCUCCGCAGGCUCUCUAGCCCAGUCCGCCUCCAUACCCUUGCGCACCGCCAGCAGCACUCCCGUUUCUUCUAUUGGCCUAUUCAGUCCUACGCCCUCCCGCCAUAUCCUCCAUGCCUCGUCCGUAUCCGAGUGCAAUACUCCAGCGCCCCCGUCUGGAGCGCCGUUUCUGCAUCCUUUGCAGACACACAAAGUUCGAGAAACCCACAAGGCUCUCAUCGACAAUGACAACGUCACUGGUCGUAAGAUGAUCAAUCAGUAUGAAGUCAUUGAAGAAAUUGGCCGUGGUAUGCACGGCAAGGUCAAACUUGCCCGCAAUCUCGAGACUGGCGACAAUGUUGCCAUCAAGAUUAUUCCUCGAUUCUCCAAGAAGCGCCGAUUAGGCAAGGUUACCGCCAUGUCCCCCGAGGACAAGACCAAGAAAGAAAUCGCCAUUCUCAAAAAGAUCCGUCACCCCAACGUCGUCGCCCUUCUCGAAAUCAUUGACGACCCCGAACUCAAAAAGAUUUACAUGGUUCUCGAACACGUCGAGCUCGGCGAGGUUGUCUGGCGCAAAAAGGGUCUCCCCCACGUGUGUCUCUACGAGCGUCAUCGAGCCGAGCGUGAGAUGCGUGGUGAAGCUCCUUCUCAGCAGGAGAUUCAAUAUGGCCAGAUGCUUGAGCGCCGUCAGGCCAUAAAGGAGAUCAAGCGUGCACACAUGGCCCAAAACUACAACACUUCUGCAAACUACUGGAGUGUUGAGCAUGGCGCCGCCGACGAGUCGAGCAGCGUCUCUUGGUCACGCAUUUCCUCAAACAAUGACCUUGACUUCUCCACCGAUCAUCCUUCUCGCUCUACCUCUCCUACUUCCUUCCAAUACCAGUCACGUAGACCAUCUGCCGCCUCCUUCUCCGUCGCUGGCCCGACUGAGCUGAGCGAAGAAGUCUACUGGGAGGAUAACAUGGUAACCCCCGGCCCUUUGACUGCCGAUGUUGAUCCUGUUGCUGCCUUUGACGGCUUGGACGAAAAUGGCUCUCGCUACCGCCGUCGCUCUCCUAGCAUGGCCGACUCCAUCAUCUCUCACAUGUCUUCGAUAGACUACAAUCCUCACGUUCACGACCCCUUUGCCGACGACUACUCAUACGUUCCCUGCUUUACCUUUGAUCAAGCUCGCUCCGCCUUCCAAGACACCAUUCUCGGUUUGGAAUACCUCCACUAUCAAGGCGUUGUUCACCGAGAUAUUAAGCCCGCCAACCUGCUCUGGAGCAAAAACCACCGCGUCAAGAUUUCCGACUUUGGAGUCUCCUACUUUGGCCGACCCAUCCGUGACGGUGAGCCUGACGAGCCUGUUUCCGAGUCCGAGGCAAGGGACUUUGACAACGACCUAGAGCUCGCCAAGACGGUCGGCACACCCGCCUUCUUCGCUCCCGAACUCUGCUACACUGAUCUCGACAAGGAGCAGCCCAAGGUUUCGGAGCAGAUUGAUGUCUGGUCUCUUGGUGUGACCCUCUACUGCCUCAUCUUUGCCCGCAUCCCUUUCCUCGCCGAGGACGAAUUUCAAAUGUUCAAGAAGAUUGCCACCGAGGAUGUGUAUAUACCUCGACGCAGGCUAGCCCCUGUUCAUCCAUCUACCUCGCCUGCGGGGACCUCGCUCUACAAACGUCAAAACAGCCGACCCUACCGAGACGAUAACGAUGUCGUGUAUGAAGACGUUGACAACCUCUUGUACGAUUUACUUCGUCAAAUGCUUACCAAAAAUCCUGAAAAACGCAUUCGCGUCAAGGACAUCAAGCGACAUCCGUGGGUAGUCCAGAACUUACCCAAUCCACGCGCUUGGGCUGAGGAGACAGAUCCUGCCCGACCGCUUGGUGGGCGCAAGAUUCAGGUCGACGAAAAGGAAAUGUCUGCGGCUGUCGUGCCACUCACGUUCCUGGAGCGUGCGAGAUCUGCUGUCAAGAAGGCUGUCGACAAAGUUAUUCACCCGCUCGGCGAACGAAGCGACAGCAGAAGUCGCAGGCGUGCAGACAGCUCCGCCGCCAGCUCGACUGGAGAGAACUAUUACAGGAGUAUGCCCAACACGCCCCACUACAACGUCGACAGGCGUUCCAUGUUCAUGCCCGACGAUUACCUUGGCUCAAGACACAUCGCUCCUUCUAUCGACCACUCCGCUACCGCCUCCGCCACCGCCUCCGCCACUAUUGCUGCUUCGCCAUCAGAUGCUGGUCACGGCUCUCGCACCUCGUUGCUAACGGCCCCCGAUCUGAACCGUUCUGGCUCUGGCCUGUCCGAGGCAUUCGCCCAUGAGCCACCGCCCCCACCUGCAGGUCGCAGCCGGCACCGUGCUACAGCAUCUCAGAGCAAAUUGGGCAACCAGUUUUUGAGCCUGUCUCCCGUCAUUACCGAGCCUGCCAGGAUUCAGACGCUUACCAAUGAUGCUUCGGCAGACAAUAGACAUAGGAUCGGACUGUUCAACAGCUUGGAUAGACGGGCCACGGCCCAAGUUGGCCUAAGCCGGCCCGUGAUUUCUGCAGGUAACCACCCUGGCGCUGCGAGUGGUUUCGUCAAGCGACCGAUUGACCAGGACAAGACCAGCAUAAGCGCAUACACCUCGCCCCUAUCAUCGUCACCCGUUACUUUUCCCAGCUACCGCAACGCCCACCCGAAAUCGGAUCCCGAUUUUCAAGCUCGCCGCGAGGUGGGACUUAUUGAUCAAAUUGACUCUACAGAUGACUUGGCUUCCCAAGCCGACUCUACAAAAGCUCUGGCGUCCAGCCCCGAGUCCUCAAUCGCCGCGCACCUAGACAUGGCCGGCUGCAGAGCUGACGGUCUAAGCCAAACCCUACCAGUGGUCAAACCCCGGCCCAUGUCUUUGCAGCAAGUUGGCUAUGCCAGCCACGGCAAGAACAGUGCUCAAGCUACAGUCAAGUCUGCAAGCACCGACUCGAUGGAAGUCAUUGCUACGCCUCUCACAAGCCCAAGUGAAACAACUAGCCCUAUGGGAACGGCUCCCACAAGCAAGACUGCUUCGGAAAAGAUCUUGGCUUUCCAAUCGGACCCAUCACUUCCCGCAUUGUUGAGCAACGCCAGCUCUGUCUCUGCGGAUAUGGAAGCCGAGCUACUCGGGAGGCCCGGUGUAGUUCCUCAUCGAACACCUCUUCCCGGGGUUGGAGAGUCGUUAGGUCCCGAGUGCGUGAGCAAGCUUGACAAUGGUUACGCCACGGAGCAGUCGGUAUACAGCAACCACCCUGCCAUGGACAGCGGCCCUCUUGCGGUACACCUUGAUCAAAGCACACCACAGAGCCCUAUGGAGCGGGUAGCCGACGAGCAGUACCCGUCUGAGGAGCCAGAGGAUGAUGACGGCAGCGACGACGGUUUCUGGCUGAUGACCAAAUCAAAGAAGAACACUCUCAGCCCAGCCCCACGCCGGCGCCCUUUCGAAGCGCGACGCCGGGACACCAACUUAAGCAACAUUAGCAUUGCCAGUGACGAGACGGCGAAGCGUGUUGUGCUACACCCUGAUGAUACGGGGGUAUGA